AUGGCAGAGAAAGACAUCGUGUCGACUGAGCCGGAAGGCAGGGAUUCCAAGAAGCUUGAUUAUGAGGAAGCGGUGAUCGCAACAGACAAGGAGCACAGUCUUACGCUGUCUCAGGCGCUGAAAGCGUACCCUAAAGCGAUUAUGUGGAGUGUGCUUCUGUCGACGGCCGUGGUGAUGGAGGGAUAUGAUACGCUCUUGGUGAGAUCGUAUCUUGCAUCGCCAAGUUUCGUCAACACCUUCGGUAACACUGGGUCUGCGGCAGACGGCACGUUGGCAAUAACCGCCUCGUGGCAGAGCGCCGUCGCCAACGGCGCUUACAUUGGCGAGAUCCUAGGUCUGGCUGUGACAGGCAUCCUUUGCGAUCGCUUUGGAAACAAGGCUGUCAUGACUGGGGCAACUGUUAUGAUGAUCGCCUUCAUCUUCAUCUCCUUCUUCGGCACCUCGCUUCCUGUCCAACUGGUUGGCCAAAUUCUGUGCGGUAUCCCGUGGGGAGCUUAUCAGACAAUUACCACCGUCUACGCAGCUGAGGUGCUACCCAUCAAUCUGAGAGGGUAUCUAACAUCUUACGUGAAUUUGUGUUGGGUUAUUGGUCAGUUCAUCGGCUCUGGCGUACUUGUAGGUGUUGAGACCCGGACUGAUGUCUGGGGCUGGAAGAUCCCAUAUGCUGUCCAGUGGGUAUGGCCGCUGCCGAUCAUAGCGGUCUGUCUACUCUGCCCGGAGAGUCCAACCUGGCUGGUCAAGCACACCAAGCUCGCGGAAGCCGAACGAGCAGUCGCUCGUCUACAAUCUCCGAAUCAUUCGGCUAUCGUCCCGACACCUCAGGAAACAGUCGCCUUGCUACACAAGACAGACGCCAUCGAAAAACACAUUACCGAGGGCAGCUCGUACUUCGAAUGCUUUAGAUCCGUCAACCUCCGCCGCACAGAAAUCGCCACCGUCACUUGGGCGGUACAGCAGAUGGCGGGCCCAGUCUUGCAGACGUACGCCACCUACUUUUUCAUUCAAGCCGGCCUCGCAUCCUCUGAAGCUUUCAACAUGACCCUCGGGCUGUACGCCAUCGCAUUUGUUGGUACCGUGCUGAGCUGGCCACUUAUCCACCGUUUCGGCCGUCGCACGAUCUUCCUUGGCGGGCUGUUUGGCAUCUUCGUAUCUCUUAUGAUUGUUGGUUUCAUCGGCAUUGCACCGCAGUCCGACUCCGGUGCAUCAUGGGCUGCUGGCGCUUUCUUAUUGGUCUUUACUUUCAUCUAUGAUUCUACCAUUGGUCCUUUAACGUACGUCAUCGUGCCGGAGGUGUCGUCUUCCCGACUCCGGCACAAAACGACAGUCAUUGCAAGGAAUGUGUACAACAUCACUUGUAUCUGGACGGGCGUGCUGACGCCCUAUAUGUUGAACCCCGCAGCGUGGAAUUGGGGUGCGAAGGCGGGCUUCUUCUGGGCAGGCAUGACUGCGCUAUGCAUCCUCUGGACUUGGUUCCGGCUGCCCGAGACGAAGGGUUUGACUUUUGCGGAGAUCGACACGCUGUUUGAGCAAAGAGUUCCGGCCAGGCGGUUCAAGAAGACCGAUGUGGAUAUUGGGAGAGUGUUGGAGAGUACGUGA